UGUUACGUCGAAACCUAGCAGGAAUAUAGAGUCACGUUAGCUCUUAUUGUUGGCAGUAAACACUUUUGUUGUCGACAAUUUAUGAAUAUCCAGCAUUAUCAAUUCUCACGGAUGUUUCUUGUCUGUUUAAAAUGUCAAAUAGUUAUUUAACUUGCGGAAGACUUCCUUUUCACCCGGAAGUACUAAACUCACAACCAAGAAAACAUUCGGAGGUAAAAUAGCAAUGGGGGUUACUUGUGUGUGCCAGGUGCCUGUGGCAGAGGGGAAGAGUGUGCAGCAGACAGUGGACAUCGUGCACAAGAAAUUGGAGCAGUUGGGUGCUGUGAAGCAGGGCACCUUCUGCGUAGACUGUGAGACAUACCACGCAACAGGAAAUGUCAGCGGUCAGCCCACCAAGCUCUUAUACAUGAUGCACAACUCUGAAACUCCCUUGAGCUGCAUGGCUCUAUUUGAAGGCGGACCCUGCCUGAUAGCUGACUCAAACUUUGAUGUUCUCAUGGUGAAGCUAAAAAGUCACUUUCAAAAUGCCAAGGGACACAAGGUGGAGUGUCGUGGUACUAGAUACCGUUACUGUGACUUCUUGAUAAAAGUUGGUACUGUGACAAUGAGCUCCAGUGCCAGAGGGAUAUCAGUAGAGGUGGAGUACUGUCCUUGUGUCGUUCCAGGCGACUGCUGGAACCUCACAAAGGAGUUCAUGCAAUCCUUUCUUGGCCCCAGUGUCCCCGAACUGCCUUCUGUGUUUGCUGCCAAGCCUGAAGGACUCUUUGCACCAUCAGACGGUGUGGACACAAUGACUCAGUACCUGGAGUUGUUCAACAAACUUCGUAAACAGCAAAUUCCAGGAAGCAACGUGCGUUGAAAUGUCAGUGGCAACGGAGAUAACUUUUGUAAUGUUUGUAUUAAUUUUGCUUUAACUCUGGUCCUGUGGAUCAGCAUGUUUUUCAAAGUCUGUUUUAUUUUUUUUAAUUUCUUUUCCUUUCUGGAGCUUCAACAUUGCAAUAAACUGUCCUAUUGGAUAAA